AUGUCGAAACCAGACAGAGCUACGCAAGAGAAGUUCGCUAGAACGCUCAGAGAAAUGGUCAGGCGGCCAGAAAACAAGGUCUGUGCGGAUUGCAAGCGAAAUGAUCCUCGUUGGGCCUCCUGGAAUCUUGGAGUCUUCCUCUGUAUCCGAUGCUCAGGGAUUCAUCGGGGCAUGGGUACGCACAUCUCCAAAGUCAAAUCCGUGGAUCUGGACGUCUGGACUCCCGAGCAAAUGGAAUCAAUUCAGAAAUGGGGAAAUCGUCGAGCCAAUCUGUAUUGGGAGGCCCAUUUGAAGCCCGGCCACAACCCUCCGGAACAUAAAAUGGAAUCGUUUGUUCGGUCAAAGUACGAAUCGCGAAGAUGGGCUAUGGAUGGUCCACCCCCAUCGGAUCCAUCAGUCUUAGAGCAAGGCGGCGGUCACGCAGCGCCAGAAGGGGCGGCGCCAACGCAGGCGGAAGCCCCACCACCACCCGUAUCAACCCCCACAUAUGCUUCAAGUUCAUCUAGAGGUGCAAUUAAUCGCCAGCCACAGGCACAUCAACUACUGUCAAGCGCCUACAACAGGUCUGCCGCGACUUCUCCUCCUGCUCCGGCUCUUCGGACGGCGCCCACACCCGCCCAAGCCCAACCAGCUGCCCAACCUCCACAACUGUUGGCUCCCGAAAAUGACCUAUUCUCCCUCGAUUUCCAUGCUCCUGCCACUACCCCGGCUCCCGCCGCAGCACCACCUCAACCGAAGAAAGAUGUAAAGCAAGAUAUCAUGUCGCUAUUUUCGGCGACCCCCGCAACUACCCCAGCUACUGCAGGGUUCGGUCAAUUCAGUUCGCCGGCGACAGCCGCAUGGGGAGGCGCUUUCUCUGCUCAAGCGCAAACUCAACCUCAAGCUCAACCAACGAGCAUGAUAGGAACCGGCGGAGUUGGAGCUUGGGGUGCAAACUCUGGGUGGAACGCUGCGCCUGCCCCCGCGCUUCAGACUAACAAUGUCUGGGCAACGCCCACAAACACAUCGCAACCACCCGCUUCGCUCUUUGAUACUAGCGAUAUCUGGGGCGGGUCGUCAUCGGCUAAUACUUCCACCUCACCUCCUGUUCAGUCAAAGAAGGAUGACGUAUUUGGAGACCUUUGGGGAGGGUUCAAGUAG